GGAUUAGAACCCAGCUGCUUCUGACUCCCAGGUCCGUGCUCCAUCCACUAGGCCACGCUUGAUUGGGAUGAACAGUUUCAGGAGAUUUAUGGAACCCCAGAUCACACAACCUUCGACAAAAGUGGUGCCCACCCAAGGCAACUCAAAUGGUCACACCCUGAGGAAGCUUGGAAGAAGUAGAUCCUGUUCACGGGAGAAAAAGGAGGGUUACACAAAGGACUUGGCGACAGACUUUGAUGAGAAACAUGACGAGUAUUUAAUAUUGCUUCAGCAAAGAAACCGGAUAUUAAAGCAUUUGAAAACCAAGGAUCCCAUGCAAUUAAAGCUAGAGCACUUGGAGCAAGGAUUUUCUGUUUAUGUCAAUGGAGCUAAUUCAGAGGUGAGAACAUCUCCAAGGAAAGCCAUCCCUACAGAUUUCUCUAGAAGCGCCUCACACGUAGAAGGAGCAAGUGAUUCUGGUAGAAAAACUCUCCUUAAAGAGGCAGAGGAAGGCCUGGGACGUGGCUCGCGGACAGCUCCAAGCAAAGUUCAACGGAAAGGGUGGCAUCAGAAGUCUAUACAGAUUAGAGCCGAAUCUGGACCUAGACUCUACAUAGACCCUCCUGACUAUCCGGAAGAUUUUGAACCAUAUGAAAAUGUGAACCUGGAGACAAAGGACUCUCCUAGUGAUUGUUUCCAGAAUCCCAGGUCUCCAAGCGACAGCACCCCCUGCGAAUUUAAUUUUUCCCUUCUGAAUACAGAUGGUCAUUCAAUCACUCAGAGUGAUGUGGAUAAAGAAAAAAUACUUUUAACCCUCCAUGAUGUGACGGAACUGAGAAAAAGCCUGGAGCUCAGUGUAAAUCUGCAGAAGAGAGAAAACGACUGUGCCAGCGAGGAUUAUGACUCUAUUGAAGAGGACUUAAUUGCAGAACAGGAGCCAGAGGAUAUAACACCAGGCCUUUCCGGAAGCCUUCUUCUCCCCAGCAGUAAGGCAGUUCAGAAGGCUGCUCCUGGGACUCAGGAAGCAAGAAGAUGCUGUGCCCACUGCCCAGACACGCUCAUUGUACUGGAAUUUAAUCCAGCCACCAAAAGCAAGAAGGAACGGAAUUUGUCAGCCAAACGGAAGGAUAAUGCUGAGCUCUACGUCCCCACCAAACCUGUGUUAGAAAGGUGUAAAAAGGAAAGACAGUCUUCUCCUACUUAUCUGGACCAGGAGAAAAGCCACUCUAGACCCGGAAGCCGAAAGGAGAGGCCUCUGUCAGCCUUGCGAAAGAGUGUCUGUGAGGAUAAAGACCCAACAGAAGAUGCUUCAGCAGUGCUCAAAGCCAUACAACUUGAAAAUGAAGCCUUACAAACAGCGAUGCUUUGCAGAAAGACAGGGACCUCUGCCCAUCAGGAAAGUGAGUCACCGCCGAAUGCACAGUGGACUAGUCUGCUCAAGGAAGUAGCAGAAACUCAAUCCCUUGAGCUGCCUCUCAGUCCAGCUUUCUCAGCCACUACAACAUCUAAGCCGUUUGAAGCUGCAGGGGGAGCACAUGCAGUCACAGAAGCUAUUGAAAAAAUUGGUCUUUUGGGAAGCAGGCAACAGAAGAAGCUUUUGAAAGUCCUUCAGGCUAUUGAAAGUGACUCUACCCAUCUCAGUCAUGUUGCCGUAACUACCAAGGAAUCAGAGUCUGAGGUUCACUUGGAAGCUAAAGGAGAAGAGAUCAAAGAUGCUAUUUAUGUCACCAUGGAAAUCCUGUCCAACUGGGGGAAUGAGGUCUGGGUGGGUCUGACAGAAGUGGAGUUUUUUGACCUAAACAAUGCCAAGGUUUUCGUGUCUCCUCAUGAUGUGGAUAUCCGAAAUACCGACACUCCUGGGGACCUGGGCUGUCUUGUCAAUAGGAACCUAACCAACACAAAAGGACUCUCUUUGUGGACCUGCCCUUUCCACCCUCCUGUUCAGCUUUACUUCAUUAUCCGCAAUCCCAGGCAAUCAUGUGAUUUUGGAAUAUCUAUGAUCAAGAUUUGGAAUUACUGGGCAGCUCAUAGCGAUCUGGACAUAGGGGCAAAGAAUGUGAAGCUUUAUGUCAAUGAAAGCCUUGUAUUUGAUGGCGAGUUAGGAAAAGGCAAGGGAGACCUGGAUGCUGAUUGUAACAUCACAGUUAACCUUAAAGAAGGACAGAAGAGUCCCUGUACAGAAGAAAGGAAAGAGGUGAACACACCUCUUUGUUCAGAGGAGAACAAGGAAUUAGGUUUAAAUAAUUCACAGCCGGAAGGUAGAAUGGAAGAACAUUUUCUAGAUGGAAAAAACGAUUCCACUAAUUGCCCCAGGGAUAAUCUGCCUGGUUUAGAGGAAGAUUUGAAGUUAUUAUUAGCUCCUGAUACUGUGGCUGAUGAAACCAGAGGCCUCCCAGCACCCAACUUUGUGGAACAUCAUCACUCUGAUGAUGAAUUUACCCUGAGUGAGCAGCUGGAAAAACUCUCAGGUCGAAAAAUCUUACCGUCUCCCGGUCAAACUCCACCUUGGUUGCAGUCAUUCUCCAAAGCGAAAUGCAAGCGGGAGACGGGGAUCAAGCAGAAACCUCCUUGGCUGGACCCAGAACACCCUGUGGCCAAACCACAGCCCGGUGACACCCCUAAAGACUGCCCUGAAUGGACUGAUGAGAUUUAUAAAUGCCCCCGAAAUGAACAGGGAAGGCCCAGCAGCAGGAAUGCAAAUGGAAGUGACAGAUCACAAAUGGACAGCAAAAUGUCAUGCCAGGAUGAUUUGGACAUAUUUGACCGUCUUUCGAACAAAGAUCGCUACGGUCUAGAGCGCCCUAUCAGUGGGAGGAGAAGUUCAAGAAAGGAUGUUUUCAAUAGUAACCUUGGAGAUGAAUGUCAUCCUAGCAAAGACGACACCUUUCCUGUCAUAUCCACAAAGGCAUUUAGAAGCAGGUGGCGGAACGAACAAGAACACACCCUCCAGGAAUCUUGGAAUUCCCUCAACGAGUUCAAUCGUUCUCACCGGGGGCGCAUUUCCAACAUGGAGUUCCAAGGAGAUAUCUUUGACGAGUUCCUCCAGCAGCAGAAGAUCAGCAGGCUUGGGGAACACAAGUCAGUAAAACAGGCAAACACAGAGGAACUGUUAAGAGGGCAGGAAGAUUACUCCUCGGAGAAUGAUGACGGGAGCGAUUUUAAAAUUCCAGUCUUACCAUAUGGACAGCACCUAAUUAUUGACAUCAAAUCAACCUGGGGAGACAGGCACUAUGUUGGCCUUAAUGGAAUUGAAAUUUUUAGUUCCAAGGGAAAACCGGUACAGAUUUCCAAUAUCAAAGCCGAACCCCCUGAUAUUAAUAUUUUGCCAGUCUACGGCAAAGAUCCCAGGGUGGUAUCCAACUUAACGGAUGGAGUCUAUAGGACCCAGGACGACAUGCAUCUCUGGCUAGCACCUUUCACACCCAGCAAGUCUCACUUUAUCUACAUCGACUUUGUGGAUCCUUGCCAAGUAGCCAUGAUUAGGAUUUGGAAUUACAAUAAAUCACGGAUACAUUCUUUUCGAGGCGUGAAAGACAUCACAAUUCUACUCGAUAAACAAUGCAUCUUUAAAGGAGAAAUUGCCAAGGCUUCGGGAACACUGUCAGGAGCCCCCGAGCAGUUUGGUGAUACUAUAUUAUUCACAACCGAUGAUGAUAUACUAGAAGCCAUAUUCUGUUCUGAUGAGACAUUUUAUGAUAUUGAUGUUGAAAGCGUGUCCUCUCUGAGAUAUGAGGAAGAGCUGAAGAGACCAAGAACCGCCGACGGAGAGGGAGACGAGAGGCCUUUUACCCAAGCAGGCUUUCGGAUAAGAGACGAUCAGGUUCAAGAACAGGAGCCAGUAUUCAAUCCUUUGCCAGAGUUCACAACCCCAGAACCAGGGAUCUAUACCGGAGCAUGCCUUCAGCUCAAUUUCACCAUGUCAUGGGGUGACUCACAUUAUUUGGGCCUGACAGGACUUGAAGUGGUAGGAAAGGAUGGCCAAUCUCUGCCAAUUACCACGGAUAAGAUUUCUGCAUCACCCAGAGAUUUAAAUGACCUUCCAGAAUACACGGACGAUGCCAGGACCUUAGAUAAGUUAAUAGAUGGGACUAACAUCACAGUAGAAGAUGAACAUAUGUGGCUUGUUCCCUUCUCCUCUGGAGACGAUCACGUGAUCGCAAUCCAUUUUGAUAAAGCUGAAAACAUUGCAGGGCUGCGCUUUUGGAACUAUAAUAAAUCUCCAGAGGACACCUAUCGAGGGGCCAAAAUUGUGCAUGUCUCUUUGGAUGGUCAGUGUAUCUCCCCACCAGAGGGCUUCCUUAUCCGCAAAGGGCCAGGAAAUUGUCACUUUGAUUUUGCACAAGAGAUUAUCUUUGUUGACUACUUGCAACCCCGAACGGUUGCCAAACCCUCUAGGAGCAGGUCCGAUGGGAAGAACGUGGAGCAAGCCAGCAUGGACUAUGAAGCCCCAUUAAUGCCUUGUGGCUUCAUUUUCCAGUUUCAGCUUCUGACCAGCUGGGGUGAUCCAUACUAUAUUGGUCUAAAUGGAUUGGAGUUGUACGACGAGCAUGGAGAAAAAAUUCCUUUGUCUGAAAACAACAUUGCAGCUUUCCCAGACAGUGUUAAUACUUUAGAGGGAGUGCGUGGAGACGUCCGAACUCCAGACAAGCUCAUCGACCAGGUGAACGACACAAACGAUGGCAGACACAUGUGGCUGGCCCCUAUCCUCCCCGGCUUGGUGAAUCGGGUUUAUGUUAUUUUUGAUCUGCCCACCACCGUGUCAAUGAUCAAAUUGUGGAAUUACGCUAAGACACCCCAUAGAGGAGUGAAAGAAUUUGGUCUCCUUGUGGAUGACUUGUUAGUAUACAAUGGAAUCCUGGACAUGGUCAAUCAUAUCGUGCAUGGCAUCUUACCAACCUGCGACCCUACUGUCCCUUACCACACCAUCCUUUUCACAGAGGAUGAGGAUAUCUGCUACAGAGAGAAGUACACCAUUAUCAGCAAUCACGUAGAGGAUCAGGAUGUCCGGAUGAUGAAUGAAAAUCAAAUUGUUACCAACUCCAAAAAGAAGCAAACCACCGUUGACCCAGCCUUACGUCCCAAAACCUGCCUCAGUGAGAAGGAAACGGUGAGGAGGAGACGCCACUAAUGGAUUGAGGUGUGAAAUGGGACCUGGCUCUGCUUAAAUCCUCCAAAAUCUUUCCACACAAAGAAGACUUGCCUGAUGGGCUACUCGGCAAGUGCAGGGAGGGCAGGUUAUUGUCUGCUGAACUGUUAAAUUCUGGGCCAGUGUUGUCCUCUCCGCUCCUGUCUGCAAUUGGAUCUGGUGUUUUGCCAACUGAAAAUCCGGGAGAGGAUGAGCAGGAACGAGCCUCGGUUACCGGUGCGACUGACAAGGUGGGGACAAGGAUGCCAGUAGAUGGGAGAACAAAUUCAGAGGACAGAUUGCUCUGGAAAAAUACAAUAAUAGAAAACAAGGAGGAUAUGUCAUUCGGGUUGGAUUUUUGUAAUGGAUUUCAGCUUCUCUUCUGUCUAGUCCUCUCCGGCAGCCCCUCUGAGCCGCUGCCGGGGGUGUCUGUGGGAUUUGGAGAGCUAGAGAGCACUUUGUAAACUUUAAUGGGCAAUGCCGAGCUGCAGGGAAAACGAACUCCGAUGCAAGAGUAGAAAAAGGAGCAAGAGGAAAGUGCCUACUCUCAUGUACCGAUCCUCAGAGAAGGAACCCAGCAAGGCAGAAAUGGGGAUUGGGGCUCUCAGAACUGAGAAGAGGCCAGAGAACCACCCCCUCUCAAGAAAGCCAGGCUCUCAGCCCCAGGAAAGGAGCCGUGCAGCCUACACAGCAGAGGCAGGAGCUCAGAACAACUCUGGACUGAAUUCUCUUUGAAGUUGCACUCAGCUCCCCGCUUUCAUUAAACUGUAGGGUUUUUUGAGGGGAAAAAAUGGAUUGGGAGGGAAAAAGUAAUUUGGAAGAGCCACUGUUUAAUACCCGGGAAAACAUCCAGCUAUAUUAGAGGGAAAAUGUCCUUCAUCCCAUGACCUUUCCCACCCACAGGGCCUGGAGGGAAAGAGAAACAUUCCACCCCAGGGCAGGACCCUGCCUCUCCAGCCCAGUUGGGGUUCAGAGGGGAUUCUAGGGAGUAUUAGCAUGAGAGGAAAACUCCAAUCUUUUCCUCUAUCAGUCCUGAAGGCUGGGCGUGCGCAUGAGGAUGACUUUGAGGUUUUCCUUCCUAGAGAAUCGAAAUACAUUCUUUGCUUUCAAACCACCUCCACUCUAUCUUCAUCAUCCUCAAAUAGCAAGAUCUCAGGCCUGAUUCCCAGAAUCCUCCCGGUGACUCCUCUUCCCAGCCUACCCACUUGAGAGAGCUCCUAAGAGAAGCCAGGUCCCAGUCAGCAGGGAGGAAGGGGGACGAGCCUUGCCAAAACUCACCCUCUUGGAGCCAGGCCCGGCCCCUGGCUCAAGUUGGGUCGUGCUCCGCCGUUAGGUAUUGAGGAAAUGGACGUGAAGGCCCCAGAUGAGCGAAGCAUUCUUUUCUGAGGGGAUCCGGAUCAGGGCUACUGAAUAUCUGCCAUCUCCACUCUGAACCAUCAGAAGGUUGGCGUCCGUGACUUCCUCUGAUCGGCCUGGAGGGGCUCAUCGAGAUCUGGGCAGGUCAGAUGGCGCCGGGAUCGUUUUCCUGGGAAGUUACUCCUUUGCCACCAGUGGAAGCCUCGGCAUCAGACCUUCAGGGUCCCUCCAGGAGAGCCCAGAAGCAGCAGCGCACAGGCCCGUUUCAUUCGUUUCCAGCAUUCCCUGACCUCUGCCCUUGAUGAACCUCCCACCAGAGUCCCCCAGGUUCGCUUUACCCAACGGUUUAAGGACCGCCCACCCCCCCGCCAACAAUGCGUGUGGGACAGGGACCCAGGGGGCCUCCCUCUCCCUCCCUUCCGCCUUUGUUCCCCUCACCCACAAAGUUUCAGCACAUCCCGUCCCUUCCAGUGGGCUAGGAACGAGCCUCAAUCCCUAUCCUCGCAAUGCUGGCGGCGCUUAAAAUACAUCUAUUUCCAUCGAUGUAACGAGCUCAUAUUGGGGAACUAAUUGGUUUCCCAGUAGUGGGUAAUUUCUUGUUCCAAAUAUUAAUCCCUUGUUUUUCUGGCACAGAGCCCAGAGUCAGGCAGUGUACUGUAAGUGUGUUACUGUGCAACUGAAACCUGAACAAAUAUUUUACAAGAUUUGCAGAUUAAAUGUAAGCAGCUAUGCAAAUGUGCUUUUCAUUUGCAAGCUGCGGUUGAUAUUUAAGAUAAGGAUCCAUCAUUUACCCAGGUUGAAAACUCAUGAGGUUCUAGUUUAGGACAAACAUUUCAAACGCCAGAAUUUUGAAAGGUUCACCUUUUUGCCUCCAAGGUACUUUAGGAAUUAAGAGUAGACUGAUGUCUACUGCAACUCAUAGGUUAGCAACUGAAUCCAGGCCUGCUGUUUGAAAGGGGGCAUGAAAGCUCUCUAACACAACCAUCUGAAAAUGUACCCGAUGACUUGGGUCCUGCUUCUCUCAUUUGUACAGGUCAGAACUGUCUGAGAAAUUGUCUAAUUGCCUGUGUGCACACCCAGAAUCUAAGUUUAUGUUGUGAUAACUGUUUGCACCCUGCAGGUUUAGACUAACACUGUACAGGCACUAACUUGAAAAUAGAUUGGCAUUAUUUUUCCAAGGUCAAUAAAAGCUGUUCUAGA